AUUUUUUUUAAAUGAAUGUCAUUUAGUGAUUCCUACUGGUUUUUUUUAUGAGCUGUGUCAAGUAUAAUUUUCGCGUGUGUUAUGGACAAUAAUUCUGAUGUAGAAAAGUACUGCGAUAUAAUUAAGUAACAUGGAAAAGCAGUUUGUUGAAAAGACCAGUAUAAGUAAUAGAUGAUGCACGACGGAAUUUAAUAAAUCAUAUUCCGAAAUAUAAGGACAUGUUAAGUGCGCAGUGUUUUGUGGAAUAUUAAUGAAAUGGAAUAUGUUCGUUUUCAAGACAUAUGUGGUUUAUAUUUAACUAUUUAUAGUAUAAAUCAUUUAUCAUGAAGAAACCACGAGUUUUGUCAUUGUAUGAAAAAUGGGAAUGGAAAGCUUCUAUUGAAAACUGAUUGAAUUAAAAGUAUUGUUUAGUGCAGUAUAUAGAAUAACUGGAUUUGAUCUUAUUGUAGUAAUAUGUGUGCGGAAAGGGAUCGCAUUCGCGAGAGAGAAAGACAAGCCAGAGCUCAUAUGUCACUACAAGCCGAACGUGAAUCUGAACCAGAACACCAAUUAUUUGAUGCUCCAGUUAAAAUAAGCCCAUCAUGUACUGAUGAUAUGGGACAACAGAUUCAGAGGAAAUUAGGAAAUUACGAUAGAUUGUGGACGGAUGAUAAAAAGCGUUAUAAACAUGAUGGAAUACCAUCUUCAAAUUUACUCAGUAAUGGGAUGCAGAACAGAUCUCAACCACCCGAAUUUAAAAAGCCAACUGGAAAUAUGUGCCCUGGAUCAACAUCUCAGCGGAUGUCUUCUAAUACUCUAAAACCUUCUUCAUCAUAUAGGAGUAAUAUUUACAAACCUACUUGCCCAAUUGAUACCAGCAAACAUGUACCAAGUGUUAAAACUAAUAGUAGUUCUUCAUACCAUAUGCAGCCCAAUAAAUAUUCUGUUAGCAAUCUUGAUAACAGGAAUGGGUUAAAUAAAAAUUUAACCUUAAAUACUAAUAUGGGAAACUAUCAGAAUACGGUGAGAGAGAUGCCCUCUUCUUAUGCGAAUAACUGUGAUGUAGGUCUGCGUGGUAAUGAAGUUGAUACUAUUUUGAAGGAAAUGACCUCAUUGCCCUUAACCCCACUAACUUCUAUUGCUGCUACUCCGGGAAAAGAAAUAGAUCACAAAUUUGAAUUUAACAGUGGAUUUGUAAAAGUGCUCGAACCAUGUCCUCGGAAGCCAAGUCCAAUUCCUAGUCCUACAUAUAGACAAAGGCAUUCUUCUGGGAGGCAGUCCAUGGAUUUAGAGCGUGAUUUAAGUUUAUCUGAUGACAGUGAUGAAGAUGUCACUCAUCCCACAAAUUAUCAACCAAAACCAAUAAGCAAUCCGCCUGUGGCUAUAUGUGCAUUGGAAGUUAAACCUAUCGUAAGGAGUCCAUCUCCAGCUUGUAAUAAUAACUCCAGCAGCAAUGACACAGGUGAAUCUGGUUCAGAGAGUUCCAGUUCCAGCGAUGACACUACUGAAGAAACUGCACCUACUAAAAAUGAUCCAGAAAUAUGUACGACGCAUACACCUGCCUUAGUAUCUCCGUUACCUGAAAUUGAAACUGAAUCGAAAACUCGCUGGAAUUUAGCUUCCUUCUUUAAUAAAACCGAGAAUACUCGCGAAUCUCCCAGCAUACCAAACACUAUAGAGCAUGUAGACAGAUGCCCUCCAUCAUCAGUAUUAUUUCAAAAAAGUUCAAAAAAUCAACCAGAUGAAUUAGACUGUUUCAGUUGCACAAAAGAUAUUGAAGAGGUCUUAGCUGAAGCUAAGAAUAUAAAACCUGAAAGUUUGCUAUCAAGUUUAGAGGAUAGUGAUAAUGAUACAUACUCAAAAGCCAAUACUAGGAAGAAAAGGCGCUGUACUAAGACUCGUUUGCCUAGUUUAGUAGAUUCCGACUCGAGCGACGAUGAGCCAACUCAUUCAAACGAUUUUUCAUCGUCGACUAAAGCUGUCUCCGGUGAUGACAGGUUAUCAAAGAUUUCAAUGGAAAAACUAGAUACGGUCUCAGAUGAGAAGCAAAAUAAGACUCGCGGAAGGCCUAAAAAAAUCAAACAAACUAAUUCAGACAGCGAGAAACAAGCCAAGAAGCGUGGCCGUCCUCCUAAUAAGUCCAGACCUUCCAUCAGUGGAUCAGAAAAUGAGAAAAAUAAGCGAAGGGGUAGACCCGUUAAAAGUAAAUCUAAAGUGAAUUCCGGUAGUAGUAGUGAUGAUACAGAUAUUUCUAAACCAUCCCCAAAUAAAAAUAACAAGACAAAUAGGAGUAUGAACAGUGAAUCGGAAGACAAUGCGAAAUUUACUUGUAGCAAUAAGUACGACUCGUAUCGUAGAAGUAAUGAUAAUUUAUCAAAAAAGACUGAAAAUAUGGCAUCUGCUAGAAUUACUAAGUCAUCGUCUAUAAAAUCUAUGAGAAAGUCUGUCCAGACGCCUGUGGUGAAUACUGAUACAAAUAGCUUCUCUUCAGAAGACACUGAUGGUGGAAAAUUCCAAACAUCUAUUGUUACUAGUGCUGAAAAGGUAAAGAAAGUGCAAUCGGACAGUGAUAGUCUAAGCAGCGACGUUGACAAUUGUGCAUGUGAUACUACCAAAGAGACAAAAUCUGAUGAAAACAAAGGUGUGCAAGACAAGAAAAAAAGUGAUACCCUUAGGAAAUUAUUUUCUAUAAAACGCGAGAACGAAGGCGGUGGUAAAGGUAAAGGCCAAGUGUUAGUGGUCGAAAGUGAUAGUGAUAGAAGCCACAUAAGUAACGAACAACAGAAAAAUGUUAAUGUGAUACAAGACCAAACUGUAGUGCCCAGUAUAAAAGUUGAAGAGAAAAAGCCUCAAAUAGAAUUCCCUAUGUUCACAAAUAAACCAGAUGGCCGACCUUCUCUGAUGUGCAAAAUUCUUCUUAGCAAAAUAAAUAAUAUUCCGUCUCCAAAGGUUAAAACAGAAAUUAUUGAUAAAAUACCAGUACCAUUGUCAGUUAGCAAUGCUGUCAAAGUUAAAACUGAACCUGUUCAAAUAAACUAUGAUGCAAUUGCCAAAUCCCUUCCCCAGAAGGAAACAGUGCUAACUAACAUUGAGAAGAUUGUCGUGGAUAAAACUAGAUAUUCAAAUAAUACAAAUAUAAGUAAAAACCAGAUCAAACAAGAGAAACCACCAAAAUCUAAUAAAGAUGCAAUCACAAUUAGUACAAAAAGUAUAAAUUAUAACAGUGAAGAAAAAAAUAAAAAGUCAACUUCACAGCACAAACGGAAAAGGACUUCUAGUAAUAGCUCCAGCUCGACGGCAGUGACACCAGGUAGUUAUAGUCAUAAGCAGAAAAGCCAUCGAGCUGUUUAUAAAGAACAGAAGAGCAAGGACAAAGAUACCAAGAGGAAAAAAAUUGAUGAUUCAUUAUCAGAAUCUCAUGUUGUGCAGUGUGAGGCUACCAGUACCGUGGUAACUAGUCACGACCGAUUGCCGUGUUUAUCAGAUAGCGGUACAAGUGCACUACAAAUCGAAAGGCCUGAAAUGUGGGCUGCUCCUACUAACAAAGUAUACUACUCUUAUUUCGAACGACUGCCUGAUGAUUACUCCCAUUGUGAAGAUGAAAUCUUGGACAGAGCAAAAAUUCUAGAAUGUCUAGAGAAAAAACCAACCCGUGACCAGAAUCUUUAUUUGACUGAAGCAAAGAGACUAAAACAUUUAGCUGAUAGAGAAACAGAUCAGACUGCACAAGGCAUGUUGUAUUUGGAGGCAGUAUUAUAUUUUUUGUUAACGGGUUAUACUAUGGAAAAAGAAAGUGUUACUGAAAAAUCGGCCUUUACUAUGUAUAAGGAUACUUUAUCCUUGAUCAAGUUUAUAUCUUCAAAAUUUAGAAAUACUCAGAAUACACCAGAAGGUAAUAUUCAUAACAAAUUAGCAGUGCUAAGUUUUAGAUGUCAAUCACUACUUCAUCUGAAACUUUUUAAAAUGAGAAAGCAUGAAGUCAAAGAAUAUCAAAAAAUAGUUUCAGAUUAUACUCAAAAGCAAGCCAACUUGACACAAACUGUAAAUCCUGAACAAGUACUAACACCGUCUGCCGUGUCACCUACUCCUUCGCCGGCCGGAUCCGUUGGAUCAGUUUGCUCCCAAAGUUCAGGUUAUAGUUCGGGUUGUCCUCCAGGUAGCAAUGCUGGUCCCUGUGUAGCAGUACCUAUAUCAGCAAACCAGGCUAUGCAGAAGUUAACAUUUCACUUGAACUAUCUUAUUGUCUGCCAUGAACUGUGGGACCAGGCCGACCAUUUCGUUAUUAAAGGCAAACAUAAAGAUUUCUUCAUUGAAAUUGAGCAAAAGUGCGGCCCAUUGACAUUACAUAGUUCAAUUAAUGAACUGGUGUGUUAUGUUCGUGCUGGAAUUCAGAAACUUAAAGAUCUGAUAUAAAAAUAAUGACAGAUAUAUUCGGAUGAUUUAUGUUUAUCUUUGAUUGUUAUAAAAUAUUUGUAGCUUUCGUAUUUAUGCACACAGUGAUCCCAAGCACAAUCAAUCAUAAAAUUAUAUGCUUCAAAUCUAUGUCGUAAAUGUAAAGUGUUUCACAUCACAAUGACCAAAUGUAUAUGG